CACUAGACCAAUCUCCCGAAGUCCCAAACGGCAGAAGAGAAAAAUCUUGAAGAGUGAAGGCUGACAAGUUGACCAUUACAAGCAAGACACGUACACCGUUCCUCAACCACAGCCGUUCACUCUAUAAGCACACCAACGUCCGCUCGCUCUUUCCUCCACGGCUGCCUCGCUCGAAGCCAAACAAAGAACGCAUUGAUCUGUGGCCAUUGCUGCCAUAAUCGCUUCAUUCAUUUCAGGUAAUUCUGUUUUAUAUCAUAGAUGGCAGCUUCAUCGGGCUGCCUUGCCGGAAAUGGUAUAUCAACUCUUAGGACUAAACUGGGUUUGAAUAAGGAUUUUUAUGGCAGGCAUCUUUUUCCUUCAUCAAGCCUUCUUUCAGUUGGUAGGUCAUCUAAGGUAGUUCUCACAAAAGCCUCUUUGGACCAGGAGAAAAAUGAAGGGAGAAGAGGCUUUCUAAAGUUGCUGGUUGGAAAUGUGGGACUUGGUAUGCCUGCUUUACUGGGCACUGGGAAAGCUUCUGCUGAUGAGCAGGGGGUUUCUUCAUCACGGAUGUCAUAUUCUAGAUUUUUAGAGUAUUUGGACAAGGACAGGGUGAAAAAAGUAGAUUUGUUUGAGAGUGGAACCAUAGCUAUUGUUGAGGCUGUUUCUCCUGAGUUGGGUAACCGGGUGCAGCGAGUACGCGUGCAACUGCCAGGACUCAGCCAGGAGCUUCUUCAGAAGUUCAGGGAGAAGAACAUUGACUUUGCAGCACAUAAUGCUCAAGAGGACUCCGGUUCUUUAUUAUUUAACCUGAUUGGGAACCUUGCUUUCCCAUUGAUAUUAAUUGGUGGUCUGUUUCUCUUAUCUCGGCGCUCAUCUGGAGGUAUGGGUGGUCCUGGUGGGCCUGGAUUCCCCCUUUCCUUUGGUCAAUCCAAAGCCAAGUUCCAAAUGGAACCAAACACUGGUGUGACAUUUGAUGAUGUUGCUGGAGUAGAUGAAGCAAAGCAGGACUUCAUGGAGGUGGUGGAGUUUCUGAAGAAGCCAGAGAGAUUCACUGCAGUUGGUGCUCGAAUUCCCAAAGGCGUUCUUCUUAUUGGUCCCCCAGGAACUGGGAAGACUCUUUUGGCAAAAGCAAUUGCUGGUGAAGCAGGGGUUCCAUUUUUUUCUAUAUCAGGUUCUGAGUUUGUUGAAAUGUUUGUUGGUGUUGGUGCCUCUCGAGUCCGUGAUCUUUUUAAGAAGGCAAAGGAGAAUGCUCCUUGCAUUGUAUUUGUUGAUGAAAUUGAUGCUGUUGGACGGCAAAGAGGAACUGGAAUUGGAGGAGGGAAUGAUGAAAGGGAGCAGACUCUUAACCAGCUUUUGACCGAAAUGGAUGGUUUUGAGGGAAACACUGGUAUCAUUGUGGUUGCAGCAACUAACCGUGCGGACAUUCUUGAUUCUGCCUUAUUGAGGCCUGGACGAUUUGAUAGACAGGUAACUGUUGAUGUUCCAGAUAUACGGGGAAGAACAGAGAUCUUAAAGGUUCAUGGUGGCAAUAAGAAAUUUGAUGGUGAUGUAUCUUUGGAUGUGAUAGCAAUGAGAACGCCUGGUUUCAGUGGGGCAGAUCUGGCAAACCUAUUAAAUGAGGCUGCCAUAUUGGCUGGUCGUCGUGGGAAGACAGCAAUCUCAUCAAAAGAGAUUGAUGAUUCAAUUGAUAGGAUUGUGGCUGGAAUGGAAGGAACAGUUAUGACUGAUGGGAAGAGCAAAAGUCUGGUGGCAUACCAUGAAGUUGGCCAUGCUAUUUGUGGAACUUUGACUCCAGGACAUGAUGCUGUUCAAAAAGUCACCCUUAUUCCCCGUGGUCAGGCACGGGGUCUAACAUGGUUCAUUCCUGCUGAUGACCCUACCCUUAUCUCCAAGCAGCAACUGUUUGCAAGAAUUGUUGGUGGACUUGGUGGUAGAGCUGCUGAGGAAGUGAUCUUUGGUGAACCUGAGGUGACAACAGGUGCAGCUGGUGAUUUACAGCAGAUCACGGCUUUGGCAAAACAGAUGGUUACCACAUUUGGAAUGUCUGAGAUUGGCCCAUGGUCACUAAUGGACUCAUCAGCUCAGAGUGGCGAUGUCAUCAUGAGAAUGAUGGCGAGGAAUUCAAUGUCAGAAAAGCUUGCAGAAGACAUCGAUACUGCUGUGAAGAGGUUAUCAAGCAAUGCGUAUGAGAUAGCAUUGAGCCACAUACGGAACAAUCGUGAAGCAAUUGACAAGAUUGUGGAGGUCCUUUUGGAGAAGGAAACAAUGACUGGAGAUGAGUUCAGGGCAAUUCUCUCGGAAUUUGUUGAAAUACCAUCUGAAAAUUGGGUCCCUCCUCCAGUACCAGCUCCGGUCACCGUGUAAGCAACAUUAGUGAUACUAUGAAUGUAAUUAACCUUUUGUUAUACGUCUUAACUGGUUGAUGUAAAGUCUAAUCAUUUUAUAUAAUUUGUAUGUUAUAUAACCAGCAAUUUUUAAUUCUUCAAUGCCCAAAGUUUCAGAA